AUGUCGCGAAGUUUCCUCGUGGACUCAUUAAUCGGAAAUAAUUCGCCACCUGCGUACCCGUUGCCGUAUUAUGGUAAUCAAUUGCCGAGCUAUAUGUUCAAUUUCUUCAACUUGGGUCUGGGUUAUCAGCCGAUAAGACCCGUACCGAGACCACCGGCCAUGCCCGUUCCGGUUCCAAUUAGUCCACCCGCUUUGGGAAGCUUGCGACCGGUCCCUGGACAGAGUCCUCCAUCGCCUUUAAGUACUUCUACGAGCAAACUUUCGGAUGUUUCAGCACCAUGCGAAUCACCCUCGCGUAACAGCACCCCGACGCCUCCGCCGAAGUCACCGAACUCCAUCAACAACAGCUCCAAGAGGAUUCGGACAGCCUUCACGAGUACCCAAUUAUUGGAACUCGAACGCGAGUUUGCUUCAAACAUGUACCUAUCGCGGCUCAGACGAAUCGAGAUAGCGACGAAUCUAAGGUUAUCCGAGAAACAAGUGAAAAUUUGGUUUCAAAACCGCAGAGUAAAAUACAAGAAAGAGGAUCUACCUUCCGGUCAGAGUCAGAAAUGUUGUUGUCUGAGAACAUGCGGGAAGAAGAAGGAGGGCUGCAGCGACGAUACAUCGAGUCGGAAAUGCGAGCAGGACGAUGAGAAAUCGAUGAAAAACGAGAAAAUGGACGCCGCUGACAAGUCCGCCGAUACGAUCAGCCACGAGGAAUCGUCGAAUUCUAUAGCCGAUCGUUUCGAGCAGUCGGUUCCAACAUUGCCCGUGACAGACAGUGCGCAACGGUUCUUGCAGGAAACGAAGGAGAAAUUAAAUCUUUCGAGGGUCGGUGCGAUGGCCGAUUGUUACGAGAGGAACGUUCACAAUUUAUCUAGAGGUUUGAAGAGGAAUAUGGGUGAUAUGGGCGAGGAAGCGGACGAUAAAAAGCGACGGAUCGAUGGCUCGACCUUUUAUCAGAAUACGAUUCAGGACACUGCCGUCGGGCCUGUGUUUAGAGCCAUAGGAUGCACCAAGCAUACCGUAGAAAGAAUCGUCAACUCGUAA